UUAACUUCUCAGGAGGUUAUCAAAUACAAAAUCCAAGAACUUGUUACAGUAACUUCUAUCUUCCCAACAAGGAAGAACUUCUAAUUUACAGUUCAUGAACUACUUUCCAGUUAUCAAACAGGCCCUAAAUGUUCAUAGAAUACAGGAAGUAGUAAGUAUUCUGUUAUUGGUGGGAUGGAGUCUGGGAUUUAGGAUUGCAAGUUCUAUGAACCUGUCAUAAAUUUGGAGUAUAAAUGAAGUCUGAUCACAUCUUUGAUCAAAUCUCUUUACACAAUGAUGAAUAUUGGUUAUACAUCUUCAAAUAAAAAAUUCCUUAUUUGAAUGCAUUUCAAUACCUUAAAAACCUAUUUUUGUAGGUUUACACUAGAAAAGGGUGGGAGUUCCAUUGACUCAAUUCAUACUAACAGGGUGUUACACCAGACAAUGCAUCAAUCCUCUCACGACCUUCUGUUAGAAUUACUGUAUUUGUUAUCUAUUAAUCAUUCUCUGCAAGUAAAGAGUGACUUCCUAACUUUCCAUAACCAAUAACUUCAAAUUCUGCUGCCAUCAAGCUCCUAUUCCAUGUACAGAAAAUGCAAAAUUUUCAAUGAUGACCUGAAAUUUGUUCAUGGCAUCAUGUCGAACCAAGUGAAAUAACCACACAGUGUUCAAUCGGUUGGUUCAGAGAGGACCACAUCAGGCCUGAUCCAGCUCUAAGGUCCAACCAGAUCGGAACGGGAUUCAAUUCAACUAAAAUCAGAUCCAACAAGUAAACUUAUCUAGUUAUAAAAACAAUCCAAAUUAGUGAAUCAAGGCUGCAAGGUAUUACAAUUCACAACCUCAUGGAAUUCCUAUUAGAAUUUAAGUGUCCAUUUUUUCAUUUUUGGCUUUCAGAUAUUAUCAUUUCUAUGCAACGGAACAUGACUAGAGUUCAAGAAACAUGAAUAAUGAGGCUGCUAGCAUCAUUAAAAGGUGGUUUGAAGGAGGAUGUUAUUCAUAAAAGAUCUCGUGCCUACAGCCUCAAACUCUGUAAACACUAGAUUUAUAGUGCUGAACAAGUACAACAUGGGAAAAGAUACGGGGCCCCAGAGGACAUGUUUAGCCCUUGUGGCGGAUGAAACAGCUGCUGUUAACUUUCAGCUAUGGGGAAGUGAAUGUGAUGCAAUCCAAGCUGGCGACAUUAUUCGCCUUCACAAUGGAAUCUUUUCUUACCAUCGAGGCAAGCUUGUGCUAAGAGCAGGGAAGAAAGGAAAGAUUGAAAAGGUGGGGGAGUUCACGAUGCUAUUUGUUGAAAGUCCCAACAUGAGUGAGAUGGCAGCCCCAGCCGUUGUCAAGGCAAUAAGAGACCCGUGAAGACUUAAUCAGAAACACUGAUAAUUUUGUAUCAAAAUGGCAAUAGGAAAGGAUAAACUGAAUAGAGCUGUAACCCCCGUCACUUGGGAUGCAACCGAUAAUUUAAGAGUCCCAACAUGAGUGAGAUGGCAGCUCAGUCAAGAAGAGACCCGUGAAGACUUAAUCUGAAACACUGAUAAUCUUGUAUCAAAAUGCCAAUAGGAAAGGAGAAACUGAAUAGAGCUCUGACCCCAGUCACUUGGGUGGAUGGAACCGACAAUUUCAUGGUUGUGGCAAAGGAUUACCAAUAAAGCUGCACUUUGGCCAAUGAGGCAAUUUCUCAAAUCAUCAAAUUGUCCACGAUUUUCUGUUGAGGAUCCGGCUUGUCACUUGUCCCGUUGUUAUAAUCCGUGGUUGCUCUCACCUGUUUUCAACAGGGAAAAAAAAGAUUGGUUGCUUCUUGUGGAAUCCAUGUUGUUUAGGAUGAUGUGUGGUCCAAUUGAUCUAUGACUAUCUACUCAAGUACCUGAUGUAUGAAAAUAAUCAAACCCAAAUCCCUUAGGAAAAAGCAUCACAAAGCAUUGUACACCUUGAAAGGUCAUAGGGCAUUUGGUUUUCCCUGGAAAGUCACUUGGGCAUGUCUUUUGAAAAAUCAGGGGAAUAUGAGCUCUUUGACUCCCCACAUGGGAAUGUUCUAGGCUUUGUUUGCCAUAGGUUAUUCCAUGUUGUCCUUUAACUUUUAACUGUGUCUAAGUACUUCAAAUGUUUUUUCUUGUCAUACAGUUUAUUUUAUGUCAGGAAGAUACCUGGGAGUUCUUCCAAACACUUUAUUUUUAA